AUGCUGCUCGACGACGAGGACCUUGUGGGAUUGGGGCGCCCUCACUUGCAGGUCUCGCAAGUGUCCGAACUGGCUCGCAUGGACCAGCAAGGUGGGCCUGGAUGAGCAGGAGCGCUAGCACGAGCACGAGCACGAGCAGGAGCAGGAGCGCCUCGCAAUCACAGUCGCAAUUGCAUGCGACAGGAGCGAAUGCGCACACGCACCCUCACACGCACGCCACUUCGACGUACGAGAGGGACGACGAAGAGUUGAAAGCGGUGUUGGAUGCGCCUACAGAUUCUUCAUUGGCAUCCAGCACCGGUGCCACUGCUUCCCACACGCGACCUCCAAGCGGUCUGUUUCGUCUUCCUUCCUUUUCCUCUCCUUCAGCCCUACCCUCUCUGGUGGAACGCACGAUUGCUCGAUCUCAACUGCUCGUGCAACGCAUCAGUCUUGCCUCUGUACGAAAUGACGCGCAAGAGUUAAAAGGAGUGGUCAGGUUGUUGGAUAGACUUAGCGAUACGCUUUGCAGAGUCAUCGAUGCUUGCGAACUCAUCCGAAAUGUUCAUCCGGAUGCGCAGUGGGCCGAGAGCGCAAACGAUGCCUACGAGCAACUGUGCCACUACAUGAACGUACUCAACACUAGCAGACCGCUCUACGAUGUGAGUUGUGUGUGUGUGUGUGUGUGCGGGAGGGAAGGCGUGUCAAUAGAGAUGCAUUACCGGCUCACCCGCCACCCGCCACCCGCACAACAGGCAGUCUCUCUAGUGCUAGCCAAUGCAAGCCUUCGCGCCUCUCUAUCGCCAGAAGCGCUCAGCGUGGCUCAAGCUUUUCAGAAGGAUUUCGAAAAGUCGGGCAUACAUCUGCAAGAAGCUUCGCGCAAAAAGUUUGUCGACCUCUCUAGCGAUCUGGUCAGGCUUGGUCGACAAUUUUUGAGUCCAACGUUGGAUGAGGCGGAAGAGAGAGCUUUGGCCAGGUUCGUACCGGAGGAGCAUCUGAGCGGUCUGCCUGCGGGUGUCAAAGCAGCUCUCCGACAAGCCGACAGCGGCGGCGGCGGCGGCGGCGGCGGCAGCAGCAGCAGCAGCAGCGACAAGGGUCAAGGCAUGUUUGUACCGGUGGCAAGUUGGCAAGCUCAAUUGCUGCUCAAAUACGCACCGGACCAGAGGGCUAGAAGGGCAGCUUACGAAGCUAUGCACGGGGCUAGCCAGAGGCAGGUUGAGGUGUUGGAAGAGAUGCUGCGCAAAAGAGCGCAGUUGGCAAACGUCACUGGUUUCGAAAGCUUUGCAGAGCUCACUCUGGGAGACAAGAUGGCCAAGAAUCCUGGUGAGUAGAGUGCGCGUGCGCGUGCGCCAAUGGCAUUGGACUUGAUGUAUCCGCCUUCAUUCGCAUCGCAUCGCAUCGCAUGCAUGCAGAACAUGUCGACGAAUUCUUGGCUGCGCUCGAUGCGGAAAACAGAUUCAAGACUCGGGCCAAGCUUGCAGAGCUGUUGCAACUCAAACAGCAACAACAGGACGCUUCGUCAGGAGAUAUAGCAGCGUGGGACAGGGAUUACUACUCGCAGCAAUACCUUCGAUCCAUCUCCCUGCAAUCCUCCACCACUCCCAUCUCUCCCUUUUACAGCGUAGGAACGCUCUUUUCGGGUCUUUCGAAACUUUUGCAAAAGCUGUACGGCUUGAGAUUUCGCGUGGUGCAGACGGAUGAUGGAGAGGUGUGGGAAGAGGGGGUAAAGAGGAUCGAAGUGAUGAAUGAGUCGGAAGAAUUGGUGGGCGUCAUUUAUGCCGAUCUGUUCUCUAGACAAGGCAAAGCUGGAGGAGCUGCGCAUUACACUGUCCGAUGCUCCCGUCGAACAGACGUGGAUGAUCUGACUGGCGAUCUAGCUUACGGUCUACCUGGCGCACCCAUCGACGAGCUCUCUUUGCGGGAAAAGCAAGAGAUGCAAAAAGCUUGCCAACCGCUCGAAGAGGAAUCUUUUAGCGUGGCUGGGAAAGAGGGAAAAUAUCAACUGCCCGUCGUUGUGCUUAUUUGCGACUUUGUCAGACCUACCGUGGGACAAGGACCGACGUUGUUGAGCUGGAACGAGGUGGAGACGCUCUUUCACGAGAUGGGCCAUGCUGUUCAUUGUGAGUCGCGUAGGCGCGGGAAAGCCAAGAUUGCACAGACUAAAACAAACAGUCUUCUUCGCGGCGCCCUCGUCACGCACUUAGCCAUGUUGGGAAGGACAGAGUAUCAUCAAGUUUCGGGCACACGAUGCGCUACGGAUUUUGUGGAAUUGCCAUCCAUCCUCAUGGAGCACUUCAUCUCUUGUCCAAGCGUCACCUCCUUGAUCGCCCGGCAUCACUCUACCGGUUCUUCUUUGGCCUACUCGACGCUACGCAAACACGUCGAGGCUUCGCGUUCGCUAGAAGCUAUCGAUACGCAUCAACAGAUCUUGCUAGCUCAGCUAGAUCAAGCUUAUCACACUUCCAACGUCCUCUCAUCCAGCUUUUCAUCCGAUCAAACGCUGGCUGAUCUGCACGCACGUCAAUCUCUGCUCACUCCAAGUCCCAGCAGCGUACACUCUCAGGCGCAUUUCGGACAUUUGGUAGGUUAUGCCAGCACCUACUACUCUUACCUAUUCGACCGCGCCAUCGCUUCCAAAGUCUGGCAGGAAAUCUUUGCCAAAGAUCCGCUGGAUCGAAGAGCGGGAGAAGAGUUUAGGGAAAAGGUGCUCAAGUGGGGCGGGGGCAGGGAUCCUUGGGAGGCGUUGGCGGAUCUUUUGAAGGAGGAUGAGAUUGCAAAGGGCGAUAGCAGGGCUAUGCAGAUUGUUGGGUGAGUGUGGCGCAAAUGCCAGGCGACACGAGCAGCGCGAUGCUGAUCCGACGAUCGCUGUUUGCCCCGACGAUCGGCUUUUCCCUCCCGCAGACGUUGGGGUAUUGCAAAUGUGGGAGUGGAAGCGCCAAAGUAG